UGGUUUUACCAGUUUACGAAGACGAAUUUGGGUAUUUGUCGAAACAGCGGAGAGCAUUCUCAUUUGUGGAAGGGACAACUUCCUGCGUUAAUUUUGAAUUGAAAAAUUUGUCUAAAGUUGUUGGUGGUGGUGGGGGGCGAGUUAUGGAGUCUAGUCCUCCGUCCCCAGAGGACAAAAUCCCUCAUAAAGGUCGUGUCAAUGACGUGUUUGCAUGCAUGCGAUACGUUUUAUUGAUUCUUGGUCGAUUUCCCUUCAUCCCAACCAUCCCCACUGACCAAUUUUCCAAAAAGGACCACGGAGAAACUAGGAUUGGUGGCGAUGGUCGCAUUGGCGAUGAAAAUUUUGGAGGUCAAUCAUCCCGCAACGGGUUGAACUAUUCCUCAUCCGUGAAAUCUUUGUCAUGGAUAUAUUUUGGAACCACGAGCAUAUUUCUACUCAUUUUGCUCGCGCUGAGCGUCUUUUCAUUUCUUGGUGUAUUUCUCUCCUGGUCAUUUUUCUCCCUCCCACCCUGGACCACCGAGCAGGACAAAUUGUUCCAGUCUAACCUCAUCCCCUUUGUCCUGGUGUGGAGUUGUCUCCUCUCAUCCACCGUGGGAAACAUCUCGUUUCUUCUAAAUCGAAAGAAUGUUGUGAAAUUUCUAAAUUUCUGGAAUGUUGCAGUCGACAAAAUGGACAUGAAGGUUCCGAAUCAUCUGAAAAGAUUUCUUCACAUGAAUAACUUGUGGUUUCUCUUUUUUGCCGUACUUAUGGUUGUGUCGACAUAUGUUUUGACCAUACAGCUAGCUCAGGGAGGGUCAAGUUUGAUGGGAGUGUUGGUUCUGAGAAUCCUUAUUCCCAACGUUGACCAAGAUUAUGAAUGGAUUUGUCGAUCCUUUGGAAUGGUCAUAAUUUUGUAUGCAAUGUACGCCUCGAGAUCAUUGCUAUUUUUCUUUGUCUUCAAAUGCAAAAUUUUGAGAUAUUGCAUAAAAGUUUGGAACUCUCGACUUCGAGAAGAACUUCAGGGAUCUCCCAUCCAAGAGAUAGAUGAAGAUACAAAUUGCAGAAAAUUGUUUUACGACCACGUAAUUUUGCUGAAACUUGUGCGUCUCACGGAUAAAGUGUUUGCGGCGAUUUUAUUGUCUUAUUUUGGAAGUCAGGUUAGUAAAUCCAUAUAAUAUGUAUUAAACUAAUUAUCAAAAUUAUAAAAAUUAUGAUGACAUUAUAAUCAUAUUUUAUUUCAAAAUGU